UGACAAUUCAGACAGUGCGUCCCUUGUCAAAGUUAUACAUGCCAUGAAAAGCUUCAUAUAUAGCCUCGUGUUUCCAGGACUGUUAUCGGUACCUCCCGAAAAUAUCAGCUUCAAAGCAAUAGCCAGAAUGGACUGGUACUCAGACCCAAACGCUCAAAAUCUUAGCAAUUGGAGUGAUCAAGAUGUCAGUAAGCUCAGACGCAAGCUUAUAACAGCGAACCACACACUACAUUGUCAAGAUAUAGUGGAUGUGUAUGGUCAUAUUUCCAAUCCGCAAUCCAAAAAGUCCAGAAAUUUACAUCAUGUCUGGAUAUAUGGCACCCGCGCUCAUGAAAAGCUCUGAUGAUCUGAUCGAGUAUUGGGUAAAAGAUUCUAGCACUGUCGACCCAAACGCAAAAAAAGGGUACUCGGAGCGAUUCAUCCACGGUGAAAUAUUCAGAGUGUAUCCCGAGGUAAGCUGUGUGAUGCACAGCCAUGCGGAGGCGGUAUUACCUUACGCGGCUGCCGUGCAUGUGCCCAUGACACCCAUUUUCCACAUGGCCGGCUUUCUCGGCUCUCAAGUGCCUAUUUUUGACAUAGCAAAAGUGUACGAACCUGGCGACCAGCGGGACAUGCUCGUCCGCACUGCCCGCUUCGGCACAGCUCUUGCAAAGACUUUUUCUCAAAUCCGGACUCAACUUCUCCUUCUCUAGACCACAGUGUUGUCCUAAUGCGCCGCCAUGGGUACAUCACUCAUAGUAUAUAUAUCGAGACCGCUGUAUAUCGGGCAAUGUAUACCAAGAUCAAUGCGGGUGCGCAGACGAAUACUCUGUUAGUCAGAAAUGCCUUUGAUAAUUUAGACCAGAACGACCAACCGAGUAACGUAUCUGAACCGAUAUCAGAGGC